AUGAAGAAUUAAGUUCCCUCAUAAAUAGUCCUUGGCAUAGAUUCUCAAAGUCUCUAAAAAUUUAAUGAUGAAAAAUAAAUAAGAAAUGGAGAUUUUAAAAUAUCAGGAAUAAAAGUAAGUGUCGAAAGAGAAAAAAUAUGUGGAAUAGCAAUAAUUUAUCAGAAUAAAGCAAAUGGAAGAAAUAUUAUAUUCUCCGAUACUUGUAUUACUGGUAAAGAUAUUACAUUAUAUGAAUUUGUAAUUCCUAAAGGUAUUAAGUUAGAUUUAAUUAAGAUGAUUACAUCUAAGUUAUUUUUGGACACUAUGAAAUGGGAAUCAACUAAUUGGGCUUUGUUACUUAUUUAGGAAAACAAGUCAUAUUUGGAGUUGAUAAAGGUUAUAAAUUUUAAUUUAUGUUCAUGGGCUUCACUUUUACUGAUUGUUGUGGAACAUUUAAACCAGGGUUUUUAGAAUCACUUAGUUUUAAGGUCGUUAAACUUCCAAAAUAAUUUAUAUCGUUACAUGUAAUUUUUAGUAAUUAUUUAGCUCUUUCCUUUACUUGAAAUAAUGUAUCCAAAUAAUUUAAAUAAUGAUUUUUCAUUUAACAGUCAAAAUUCAAUUCAAAUUGAAUUAUAAGGAUAAUAAAAUCAAGAUAGAAAUCUUUUUUUAUAAUAAAGAGAUGAAUUUCAAGUCGAUUUUUAAUCUGAUUCAUAUAUUUCUAAUUUUAAAAAUCAAUAGUUUUUAAUGAAUUCCCUUUAUUUUACCUAAAAUAUAUCAUCUGAAAUAGAAAACUAAAAUUAAAUUCAUAAGAAAAAAAGAUAUAUAACACAAAAUAAUAAUAAUUAGAAAAGUAUUUUAGGUAAUAAUCAUGGAUUUAGAAUUAUUAAUUUCUUUCGUAAUAGAAAAAAUCGUUAAAAUCAUGGAGUAUUAGGAAAACAUCAUCAUCAUCAUCAUCGUCAUCAUAGACACCAUUGA